CUGGCACUGCCUGUGCUUGGCAUGGAGAGCACAUUCCUCACCGGCCAUCUCCUCCGCUCUUCGUCUGUUUCUGCCGGUGCCGGCUUUUAUCCCGUCCAGGCAGCGUUCUGCAAUGUCAGUUGCCCAAGCUGGUUCCAACCGGAAGUAAGCGCAGUUUACAAACCUCACAGGCAUUUCUUCUUGGUGUGGCUCAUCCCACACGUCCCGGUCUGAAAUUGGUUCAGCAGGAAGCGUGUGUGAGAGCAGCUGUAGGACUGCGACAGGCAGCAGGCCUGGAGAAGCAUGAGAGUCUCAUGAUUGUUAAUGAAGAUGCCAAACAGUUGAUUUUCAAGAACAAGGCAGACAAGGGAAUUCAGGAUGGCAGCUUCGCAUUUGACAGCAUCUUUAGUCUGGAUGCCGAGCAGGAUAAGGUGUUCUUGGAGCUAUUGAGACCCCUGCUGGUGAUGGUGCCCCUUGGCUACAGUGUCUCUCUGUUGCUCUGGGAAGCCAACCACUCCAGGACCCAGUCACAGUUCCACAGCACUGGAUGGCAGUGUAGCAUGGUCCAGCAGGUGAUAGACACCAUCUUCCAGGAGCUUGAGACCUUAGGGGGAAGUGUAAGGGAUCUGUACACUGUCAGCUUUGUCCAGUUCCAUGGAGAUGGAAAAGCCCAUGACCUGCUCAGUCCCAGUAACCAAGCUCUGCAAGUGAUGGAAGUCUCCCCUCUGGGUCUGGUGGUGGAGGAGGUGACAGAAAUUGUUGUGUCCAGCUCUAAAGCUGCUUCCAGUUUCUACUCAUGGGGGAAUGAAGAUGGCACAGCGCUGUCCUCAGGGUGUUUGCAGCAUUUGCAGAUGGCCCAACACCCCCCUGUGUGUGGCAGCCUGUUCACACUCACUGUGGAGCGGGAUCUGGAGAGCUGUGGGCACCAGCGCUCAGCUGUCAGGAUCUUCGAGUUCCCUGGCCAGGCUGGGCCCUGUGCAGAGCCGUUCUCCCCCCUGCUCCAGGCUCUGGCUGCUGGAGACCUGCCAGCAGAAGCUGGGUUCCUCCCUAGGAUUCUCAAGCAGACGCUGGAAGGAAACAGCUUCACAUUCCUGCUGCUGUGUCUGACCCUGCCAGAUGCCUCCACAGAAGAGAUCCUGUCAGCCUUCUCACUGGCUGAGCAGGUGCGGGGACUGGCCAAGAAGGUCUCACCAACCCUCUGGGAUCCUACCAAAGUGGCCUUGAGGCAGCGAGCAGAGAUCCAAGAACUGAGGGCCCAGCUCCUCUUCAGGAACAGCCACUCCACACAGGACAGCAUGAUAGGCCAGCUGCAGAGAGCACUGAGGGAGCUGCAGGUGCUGAAGAACCAGAGUUGGGAGAAAAAGAAAGCAGCAUCAGAAGCAAAAAACAAGAACCAUAAUCCUGGAGCCAAGGGUCCAAUACCACUGUGGCUGGGACAGGAAGAUCAACUUGUGAACCAGGUGCUGACAGAGGAGUUGAGAAGCCAAGUGCUCCUGGGCAAAGACAACCCCAGACAGGCAGAUGUCCAAGGUUUUGUUUCCUUUUCUGCUGAAGGAGACAGAGCUGUAGGGAACAGUCCAAAAUCCUUUGGCCAACUCUCCCUGAGGGUGGAGCAGGUGACAGAGGAACAGCCUUCACAAGGGGCAAGGAGUAGAGCAAAGGCACCAACCUGUGCAGCAGGCCCAGCUGAUGUGGUGAGGAGUUGGUCCUCUCAACAUCGCCCAGCCCUGGAGCUGCAGUUCUCCUUGGCCAAGGCCAGGAGGCAAUGUCUACAGCAACAGCAUUGGUCUCUCAUCCAGCAGGAACGCCUGAAACUGGAGGGGGAGCUAGCAGGAAAGCAGGAGCUCUCUCCCUCUGAGCAGGAAGCUCUGAGCAUGCAGAAGGAAAAGGCCAUACUGGCACUGCAACUAGAAGCACUGCGGCAGGAACAGGCUGAAGCAGAGAAGGACCUCGAGGCGCUGUACCAGCAGCACAGAUGGGAAGUGGAGGCUCAGAAACAGCACAUCCUGCAGGUGUUUCGGGCCUAUCGAAACCUCUUUGAGGAACGUACAGAUGCUCUGGAUCAACGGUACCAGAAAUUGCUGAGGGAAUGCCUACAGGAUGCAAUCCACCUCUCUGCACAAAACCAGCAACUUCGGGCACACAACCAGCUGCACUACACCGACAGAGCCACACAGACAGACUGAGACUCCAGCCAGGCCAGAGCACCAGCCUGCUAUUGGGUGCAGGAGCUCUCUGCCUAAUGGGGAUGGGGCAUUGAAGGCCAUCAGCAAGCAGGGAGAGGGUGGGGCUGAGUGCCUGGCAUUGCAGGGAAGAAGUACUUGUCAUGCAGGCAGUGCUUUGGGCACAGCCUUUCCAAGAGCCCCAGCAGGAUGCUAUGGUUCUUCAUCAGAUUUAACACCAUGUAGCCAGAAUGUCCUCCCUGCACCUGCUGAGUGGGGGGCUGAUGGCAGAUGAGCCCUGGGAGUUAUAGACAGAGCAGGCAGCAGGUGCAUGAAUUUGUAGUGAAACACUGCACUGGCCACACACACAAGGCUGGGGGACUAGAGCCAUAGUUGCUCUGUAAAGCUACAGCUGCCAUUAGCUUCCAGAACAUAGGUAUGAUGGACUCCUUCCCUCAGCAUUAGGACAAGAGUGUACAAGGGCCUGGACCUGCUGUAGAGCUUGCAACCUGCAGCAGCUGCCACCAGCAAUCCCUGCUCAGUUCAGUCUUCACAUACUGUGAAGACACAAUCCACAGCAGCAGCGAAGAGAAGCAGCUCCCCCAUUCCUGCUUGCAGGUCAGAGAGCAGAGGAAGCUAUGCCAAUCAGUGCCUGCUCUGGAGCUGAGGAACUUUAUCCUCCAGUAAGGGUCAGAAGCAGAGGCCAACAUGAUCCUUCUAGGGCAGCACUAAGCGUCUGAAGAAGCUGAUGUUCAGAGGUCCCAUAGACCAAAAACUCUUAC